AGAAAAUAUUCAUUCUACACCCGAGUCUCACGUGCUAACAAGAACACCUGUACAUUUGUUCUAAGUAGUCAACUAGACGAAUACAGUAUAUUUCUCCGUAAAAACAGUGUCGCAGUUUUGCUGGUAUAAAUGAGUGCAAAUCAAGAGAAAAAUGUACUUCAACGCACCUUCAGUAUGGAUGAAGCCCGUGAUUCUAUCAAAGCAGUUGGUUCUGCUGUAUUCUAUGGCACUUGUUCUGUUUCCAUGGCAUUUAUCAACAAAGCUUUGAUGACAACUUACAAGUUUGACUUUCCUGUUUUCAUCAUGGUUGUGCAAAUGGUUUUUACCAUUUUUAUAUUAGAAUUAUUGAGCUGUUUACAACUUAUUCAACUGCCGAAAUACACUCUAAGUCGAGGAAAAACAUUUGCAUUACCAGCAUUGUUUUAUGCACUAAAUUCUGUACUUGGUUUAACUGCUUUGAGUCAUAUGAAUGUAGCGAUGUAUGGUGUACUUAAGAGAUGUGUUCCUCUGGUUACCAUGUUUUUGUCAGUUGUAAUACUCAAACAGGGAUUUCCAUCUAAGAAGACUAUUGCCAGUGUUAUGUGUCUUACUACUGGAUGUAUUGUAGCAGGAUAUGGCGAUUUGCAAUUCAAUUUAGCAGCUUAUACUUGUGGAGGUCUAAGUAACCUGACCCAGUCAUUGUAUCUUCUCCUUGUCCAGAGAUAUAUAGCAAAGGACAUAACUACAGUCGAAACAUUACAACUCAACAGUUUUAAUACUCUACCAUUCCUCCUGUUAUAUUCAAUAAUUAAUAAGGAAAUAUUUGAAGCAGUACAUUACGAAAGAUUAGGAAAUCCUUUAUUUAUUUUUGUUUUCUUUGCUGCAGUCUCUAUGGGAUGUUUGUUGAACUAUUCAUUAUUUCUAUGUACUAGCAUGACAUCAGCUCUGACAACAAGUGUUGUUGGUGGUAUCAAGGCAAUGUUACAGACAUUGUUUGGUUUGUUUACAUUUGGUGGCAUCAGUCACAACAUGGCCACAUAUGUAGGUAUUGGUAUGAACCUUAGUGGUGGCUUGUAUUAUAUUUUUGCAAAAUUCACAGAAGGAAAAUCAAAACACAGAUCUGAAGAAAGUUUGAAGAAAGUUAUAAGUAUAUCUACAGCAGAAGAUUUCAAGAAGUACUCCAAUGGAUCACUGAAAACUUCUGCAAGUACCACUAAAUUGAAACCUAUACCAGAACAGUCUGAUAGUCAUCAAAAUGUGUAAUUAAGUUCAAACCUAAAUUGAUAUUUAAGAUCAUGAAAUAACUGUUUAUGUACAAAAAUGUAAUGUUAGUAUCAUACUGAAAAAUAUUUUUUCUACAAAAUUGUUAAUGAAAUCCUUUUUCCCCUACAAAUCGGGCAAAAUUUAUGAAAUCCAGAUAAAAUUUAUUUGACAUCGCAAAUCUGUAUAUGGGAUUUAGCAAAGAUCUACAUUUUUUAACAUACUUUUGAAUCUCUUUAUUAUUUUGUGUAUGUGAUUUAAACAUCACCUUUUUAUUUGAUUUAUGUUUCUUUUUUAUAAUAAUUCUUUGCAC